AAUGUCAAUAUUAGAAUAGGCAUUGAAAAAGGCUGUGAGUUUGGGAUAUAUGAAAUGGGGAUUAAUAUUUGGUUUUGCAAAUGGAAUAGCUGUGUAUUCAUAUUAUAGAGAGAAUCGAAAUAAAUAUGAUUUAGAGGCUUAUUAAUAAUCAGUAACAAGAUAUGUCUCUUAUUAAUCUGGUAAAAUGGCUGAAACAUACAUACCAAAAUGGUUAAGAAGUCCUUUAUUUUCAUUAUUUGGUUAUGUUUAUGAUGUUAAUUAUGAUGAUAUGUUAGAAUCACUAGAAAAUUAUGAAAACUUUCAACAAUUUUUUACUCGAAAAAUAAAAAGUAGAGAGUUUGAUAACAGUGUAAAUAAACUAAUAGUACCAGCAGAUUCUAAAGUGUUAUCAUUUUGUGAAGUGAAAGAUGAUAGUCCAAUAUUAGUUAAGAAUGUACAUUAUAAAUUGGGAUAUUUUUUAACAGGACAAGAGACUUUUGAGAUGACUCCAUAGAUAUUAAAUGAUGCAAAGAAAAGAUAAAAUACAAAACUAUAUUCAGUAAUAUUUUAUUUGGCUCCUGGAGAUUAUCAUAGAUAUCAUUUACCUAGUGAUUUCUAAUUAAAAAGUAGAAGUCAUAUAGUUGGACAUUUAGCACCUGUAAAGAUAAGUUACAUUUAAAACACACCUAAAGUAUAUGAGACAAAUGAGAGAGUAGCUUUGUUUGGAACUUAUAAUUUUGGAUUAAUGAAUAUUGUUUUGGUUGGUGCUACUAAUGUAGGAUCAAUGACUUUAAAUUAUGAUAAGGAAUUUUAAACAAAUUAGAAAGCAUAGGAAUUAUUUGUUUAUAAACAUUAUGAUCCAAAUAUAUUACUUAGAAAAGGUGAUGAAUUAGGAAUGUUUAAAUUGGGGUCUACAGUUGUGAUGAUGUUUGAAGCAGAAAAUGUAAAAUGGAAUAUAGAGGAAGGUUAAAAGUGUAAAUGGGGUGAUGUAUUUGCUGAAGUAAGUUGAGUUUU